AUGGUAUUUAGUGGAAACCGAAGAAUUGGAAUGAUUACCAGCGAUUCAUCGCUGUUGAUUGAUUCGACGUCGUUAUGCGACGAUGUGGAUUCGGCCUCAGUUCCUAGUACUUCGACGAGGGCGAAUAUUCUGUCUUCGCUCUCGCGUUUCAGAAAUAGAUUAGGGACGGAAAUGGACGAAAUCAUUCCCAAUUUAUAUCUCGGCAGCCUUCGUGACGCUGUUGACAUAGUGCAACUGAAGAAGAAUCGAAUACAGUCCAUUGUCUCUGUCCAUGAUCUGCUUGCCCAACAUCCUGCUCACGAGCAUUUGAAGGUACUGCGAAUCCAGUUGUCUGACUGUUCAUCGGUAGAUAUUUCUGCUCAUUUCUCAACUACGAAUGAGUUCAUUCAUAGCGCAAGGUUAAAACAAACUGCCGUCCUGGUGCACUGCCUCGCUGGUGUUUCUAGGAGUGCAACCGUUGUAGCUGCGUAUUUGAUUACUGUUUGUGAUUUGUCAUUUUCCAACGCUCUUAAAUUCAUUUCGAAGAAACGACCUGUUGUUAAUCCUAACUUUGGUUUCCGAAUGCAGUUAUGUGCGUUUGCUGAAAGGAGAUUAAGGCAAUGGCAAAGCUUGCUACCAGUCGCUGUACCAUUCCUAUCUCUUUCAUUUAUGGUGAAACAAUUCCUUGAAGGAUUCAUAGGAGGAAUUCACUACAUCGCUGAAAGGCAAAAUCGUGUUGACGAGAUUGUCGACGCCGUCGACUUCUCUAUUGUGGCAUGUUCCGAAGAACGGUUCGUUUCGGAUGUCAUGAUCAAGUGUUCUAUCGAGGACUCUGAUGCAAGUGUGCGUGCAUUGUAG